AUGUGGCUUGAUCGGCUCGCAGCGCAGUCGAAUCCGUCUCCUUCCUCGUCGCAACCCAGCAGCCGACCCUACUCCCCUCUCCCACGACGAACAUCGAGCAGCCCAUAUGUCACCUCGCAACGACCUGGCCUCACACCGAGGGGGUCACAGCUCUCUCUUGUCUCCAACGAUUCGUCGAGCUCGCUCCUAGCCUCUCGCAGAGUCAAUGGCUCCGGCUUAAAGCAGUCCCAGACCACCUACGAUGGGCCAGAUUCGGUCGAGAUCUUAAGCCAGAUCCUGGACACAACAUCCAUUGCCGACUCCACCACGAAUAGCACAACGGGAACCAUCACCGAAAAAGACUUGGAGUUGGACUUCGACUUCGAUGGACUGGGUCUCCGAGAGCUUGCUAGUUCCGAUAAGGCUGAUGCGGACGAGGCGGAUGGCUACCGGCGGCAAACCGCAGAGGAAUCCCAAUUUGAGGACCUGCAUCGGUCUAUCGCGGCAUGCGACGGCGUCCUCAGUUCUGUGGAGACCAACCUCACCAGUUUCCGCAACGAUCUCGCCGCCGUCUCUGCAGACAUAGAGAGCCUACAAUCCCGCUCCACAGCGCUCAAUGUGCGGUUGGAGAACCGGAAGGCGGUCGAGAAGGCGUUCGGGCCAGUCGUCGAGGAACUGAGCGUCUCUCCCCACGUGGUAUCCAAGAUAUCUGAGGGGCAUAUCGACGACACCUGGGUGAAGAUGCUGGCAGAAGUAGACAAACGAGCUACGGCUUACAAGAAGAGCAUGGCAAGUCAGGGAGAAAGCAAGGCUUGGUCGGACCUUGGCCCGUUGUUGGAGAAACUCACAAUGAAAGCUGUCGAACGAAUACGGGACUUCAUAGUGGCUCAAAUCAAGGCCCUGCGGUCUCCUCACAUCAACGCUCAAAUCAUUCAACAACAGAACUUUUUGAAGUUUAAAGAGUUGUACGCCUUCUUGCACAAGCACCACUCUACGCUUGCAGAAGAGAUCAGCCGGGCAUACAUGAACACCAUGAGGUGGUAUUACGCAAAUCAGUUCGCGCGGUAUCAGAAAGCAUUGGAGAAGCUCAAGCUACACAUCAUCGAUAAGAACGACGUCCUUGGGCAUGACGAACCGACUCGGAGGGCCACGGUUCUGUCUGCCACGAAGCCUGCUGGGCCACCGCAUGAUGCCUUUAACUUGGGACGACGUAUCGACCUUUUGAAGACAAGCAACGCCGCUGCCCUCUCAUCUUACCUGGCCGAGGAAGACCAAACUACACAUUAUCUGGAGGUGCCUUUCAGGAACUUCAACCUAGCACUGAUAGACAACGCCACCGCGGAGUACACCUUCCUGGCCGCAUACUUCUCGCCGCCACUGUCAUUACAAGCAGUGUCGCGACAGUUCAAUUACAUAUUCGAACCAACCUUUGCGCUGGGCAAGACGUUGACCAAGACGCUUACCGCGGAGUCCUACGACGCGCUAGGCUUGUUGUUGUGCAUCCGCCUCAACCAGCAUCUGGCAUUCGAGUUGCAGAGGCGCAAAGUCCCCGCCGUCGACGGCUACAUCAACAUGACGACGAUGCUUCUGUGGCCAAGACUGCAGGUGGUUAUGGAUCACCACUGCGAGUCGGUGCGGCAGCUAACAAGCUCCUUGCCCACCAAGCCUAGGGCCGCAGACCAGAACAAGCUUUCGGCGGCGCCGCAUCUCGUCACACAGAGGUUCGGUCAGAUUCUGCAGGGUGUUUUGGCGCUCAGCACCGAGGCCGGGGAUGACGAGCCUGUGGUCACUAGCUUGCGCCGCCUGCGGUCCGAGGCGGAGGCCUUUUUGACACGCCUCAGCCAGUCGUUCAGCGAUAAGCGAAAGCGCGAACGGUUCCUCUACAACAACUACUCGCUGAUUUCGACCAUUAUCAGCGACGUUAGCGGGAAGCUGGCCGUGGAGCAACAGGAGCAUUUCGAGGGACUCAAGGCGGCAUUCCAAGAGGGCGCCUAA